AUGUGGGUUUGUGUUUCCAACAACUUUGAAGUGAAAAAAGUCAUAGCAGAUAUGUUGGAAUGUCUUAAAAUGAAGAAGCCUGAUGUAGAGUCACUUGAUGCGCUUCAAAGAAGUCUUAAAUCUGAGGUGAUGUCCAAGAAGUUCUUACUUGUGCUUGAUGAUGUUUGGGAGGAGGAGCAGGAGAGUGAUAAAAGCAAAUGGGAGAAUGUGUUCUCCCCUUUAGCUUAUGGAACUUUGGGAAGUAAGAUUUUGGUAACAACUCGGAUGGAUUCAGUUGCGACGGUGAUUGCAAAGGUGAUAAAAAAGAAGAAGAAAACAUUGAGAUUAAAGGGCUUGGGGGAUGAUGAAAGUUUGCAGCUUCUCAACAUCCACGCAUUUGCUGAUGUAGAAAACCUUGAUAAUCAUAAACAAUUAAGAAGCAUUGCUAGAGAGAUUGUUAAAACUCUCUCAGGGUCUCCUUUGGCAAUUAAAGUUGUUGGUGGUGUUCUGAGUUCUAGCUUGAAUGUGAGUCAUUGGAUAAGAGUUUUA